AAUAUAAGAAAGCAUUUGGAGACAUUUUGCAGCACAUUUAACAAAGCACUUGUUUGUCAAUGAUUUAUGGAAAGCGCAGAUAGCCUGCAAGACCACGCACGACUUGAAUGCUAGUGGGAAUGUUAUUCUACCUUUAAAGACCAGUCUUGUUUAAAAUAACGAGCUUUGUUUUUAUUUUGAAAGGUAUGUACGACUUCCGUUUUCUUUCUGAUCAGCUGAUGUCCGUGAAAACACAAAACAUAAGCGUGUGAAUGUGUGCGGGGGACACAAACGUAGCCAUUGGUGAGUUCGGCGUUGUUUGAAGACGUUAAAUGGGAAAUGUGUGGAGUGUGAGCGACAGCGUGACAGGUCGGAUGAUGUGCGGUGCGCGGUUUGUGCUGCACUAGCAGCGGGAAACGGCCCCGAGCAGCUUAAGGCAUCACAUGCAGCUUCGGAGGGGCCCUGUGUGAGAGCAAGACUUCACUUCACAGGACUGGACUGGUCGAAACAGGGUCCAUGGAGGAACUGGAUCCAGAGGAGCAGUUCCUGCGCUACGCCCGGAAUGGAGAUCUGCCUGGCAUUCAGAAGCUCCUCAUGUCCAAGAUCAGGGAUGAAAUGAAGAUCAACAUUAACUGCAAAGGUAUGAGUAAGUCUAACCUGGGAUGGACGCCUCUUCAUUUGGCUUGUUACUUUGGGCACAAAGAUGUAGUGGAGGAACUGCUUAAGGCGGGGGCAGAUGUUAACUUGCCCAAUAAUAUUGGAGAUACUCCGCUGCACAAAGCCGCCUUCACAGGAAGAAAGGAGGUUGUCAUGCUGCUGCUGCACUAUGAUGCAUGUGCUACUGUCAUCAAUGGGACAGCACAGAUUCCCAAAGAUGUCACUCAAAAUGCAGAGAUCAGAAGCAUGUUGGAAGCGGCUGAAAGAACAGAGGAGAGGAAACUAGAGGAGAAACUUUUAGAAGCAGCACGAGAAGGAGACCUUUCAACUCUAACUCAGCUGACAGAUCUGCUGGAUAACACGCCGCUGCACUGUGCAGCCUAUCGAGGCCAGAAGCAGUGUGCUCUAAAGCUGCUCAAGAGUGGAGCCAGCCCCAGCAUCAAGAACAAGCAUGGCCAGACAGCAUUUGACCUGGCCAGCGAUACAGCAAUGAAGCACGUCCUUACAGGCAGCGUUCAUCGGGAUAUGACAAGACAUGUCAGGAAGUACGAGGGACUCCUCUGGAAGAGCUCGAGAUUUUUUGGCUGGUGCUCCUACUGGGUCGUCCUUCAGGAUGGGGUUUUAUCCUGGUACUCAAAACAGUCAGAUGCUGUUGCCAGUGUCAGAAGGCAAGGCUGUAAGUCCCUCACACAUGCUCAGUGUUUGAUCCGAGCCAAAGAUAACUGCUUUUUCACCAUCAAGUGCUUUGAUGACAGUGUGCAUCACUUCAAAGUAUCACCUAAAAAUGACCCAGAGACAAUGAGAAAAGCAUGGCUGGAUGCCCUGGAGAAGCACUCUGCUUACAGCACACACUACUGCUCCCAAGAGCAGGGUGAGGAGGAGGAGGAAGAGGAGGAGGAGGAAGUGAUGUCACUCGGGGAGCUAACGGACUCACUACAGGCAGCGGAGGCCAGCCAGAAGAAGCUGGAGAAGAAGGUGGCAUCUUUCCUGUCCAUGCUGAAAAAUAAUGGGCUGGCAGAAAGUUUUCCAUCAGCCCUACUGCAGAAGAUGCAGGAAAUCUGUGAGUUGUCCAGUGAGACCAGCUCCAGUCUCAAUGUCUGCCUCAGGCUUUUCUCCAAACAGGAAGGGGUGCGCAGUCUGAAAUUGGAGCAGGAGGUGGGGAAGAAUAAGAUCCUCUCUGAAGCGCUGCAGACUCUGGCCACAGAGCACCACGAACUUGAGCAAUCCAUCGUCAAGGGGUCUUCACCGCUGAGCGAAGAUAAGUUCCACGAAGCUCUGUCUGACUCAGACUCAGAGCUCUCCCUGAGCGGCUUUGAGACGGUGGCCAGCCAGUCGUUUGAGGAGGACGAAGAGGAGGAGGGUGAAGGCUCUGUCAUGUUAAGCAGUCCUAGCAGCAACCCCACCACCAUGUUGUGGGGGGAUCACCAUGGUGACAAGGAUGAGACUCAAACCAAUGGGACCACAAAGCAUAGGACCAGUUUACCUGCACCAAUGUUUUCAAGAAAUGACUUCAGUAUUUGGAGUAUCCUGAGAAACUGCAUUGGAAUGGAACUGUCCACGAUUACAAUGCCAGUCAUUUUCAAUGAGCCGCUCAGCUUCCUGCAGCGUCUGACAGAGUACAUGGAGCACUCAUACCUCAUCCAUCAGGCCAACACCUCGUCAGACUCCAUUGAGAGAAUGAAGUGUGUGGCUGCGUUUGUGGUGUCCUCUGUGGCUUCCCAGUGGGAGCGGACAGGUAAACCCUUCAACCCCCUGCUCGGAGAAACCUAUGAACUGGUCAGAGAUGAUCUUGGCUUCAGGGUCAUAUCAGAGCAGGUGAGCCACCACCCUCCUGUCAGUGCCUUCCAUGCUGAAGGCCUGAAGCAAGACUUUGUGUUUCAUGGAUCCAUCUAUCCCAAACUCAAGUUCUGGGGCAAGAGUGUGGAAGCUGAGCCAAAAGGCACCAUCACACUGGAGCUGCCCAAGUACAAUGAAGCCUACACAUGGACAAAUCCUACAUGUUGUGUUCACAACAUUAUUGUGGGCCAGCUAUGGAUUGAGCAGUAUGGAAAUGUAGAGGUGAUCAACCACAGAACUGGAGAAAGGUGCUUUCUGAAAUUCAAACCAUGCGGUCUUUUUGGCAAAGAACUGCAUAAGGUCGAAGGAUAUAUUCUGGAUAAAAGCAAAAAGAAGCUGUGUGCUCUCUAUGGAAAGUGGACAGAGUGUCUAUACAUCAUCGACCCUGCUGCCUAUGAAGUACAUAAGAAAAGUGAUCAGAAAGGGGCAGAAGAAAAAAAAGGCAGCAAAGCAGGCUGCAGUGAGACUCAGGAGGAGGUUCCCUCACCAGCUGCAGACACUGUGGACGUGAUCCCUGGCAGCCAGCUGCUGUGGAGAAUCCCUCCCAGACCAGUCAACUCUGCCCAGAUGUACAGCUUCACAUCCUUUGCAAUGCAGCUGAACGAGCUGCAUAAGGAGAUGGAGGGAGUCAUUCCUCAGACAGACUCCAGGCUGAGACCAGACAUACGAGCUAUGGAGAACGGUGAUAUUGACUUUGCCAGUGAGGAGAAGAAAAGGCUUGAAGAAAAACAGAGAGCUGCUCGCAAAAACCGCUCCAGAUCUGAUGAAGAGUGGAAGACGAGGUGGUUUCAACAGGGACAGAACCCUCACACCAGCUCCCAGGACUGGCUCUUUACUGGUAGCUACUGGGACAGGAAAUACAACCAGCAACCAGACAUUUACUAAGGGACAUUUUGUGCAUAGAGAAAUUAACACUGUGCAGUGUCCUCUGUACAGAGCAACAUUAAUACUUUUUUUUUUUUUAAAUAAAUACAGUAACAAUAAGAAAUAUGCAAACUGCUUGGCCUUAAUCUACUUUAUGAUGGUAAAACUGUGCAUAAAAAGUCCAUUGUCAAUAUUUAAACAUUAUUAAAUGUAAAGUUGUUAGAUAAUGUUUUUAAAUGUAGCAUUUGUAUUUUCACUGAGGUCAGAUUGUUUCUGUUCACAAUGGACUUUUAGCACAGUAGAGAGGUGCUAUUGCAAAGGACUUCAUGGUUUUAGUGUCUUUGUUCUUUUUUAAAUAUUCAUAAUAGUGUUCUCUCUCAAAAUGUAUAUCUGUGUAUAGUCAAUCAUCAGUGACCUCAUCUUGUCAUUCAGUCAGUGGAUGCCACUUCUCCUCAUGUAUUUUCCUUUGUAAAGAAAUCAGGCCUACAAAACGCACCGAUCAGGCAUAACAUUAUGACCACCUGCACAUCUCUAUGUGCUUCAAUGCAACACGUCUGCCUUAACAUCUGUGUUUAUGAAUCUCAAAAUGUUUCAUUUUUUGGUGAGAUUGUCAUAAAUGUAUAAAUUCAA